UCCGGGCGUGGGUUUUGGGACCUUGUACUCGAGUUACGGGGGACUCUCUGCACACGCUUUGGGUGGUUUCCAGUUUGCGAGGGAUGGGCGAGUCGUGCUUUGGUGGUCGAGAGAACAUUUCUGCGGCGCCGUUCGGGUCCAUGGUCAUCUCUCUCGGAGGGCUUCUUUCACGACAGCUCGGUCGUCGUUGGCGGCGGUCGCGGCUGUCGGGGCUUUCCUAUGCCGUGGUGCCGGGUUGUGGAUCGUUGCGUUCACCCUCGCUCAUCGUCUUGCGAUGAUUGGCGCCUUAUCGCCGACGGCUGUCCGGUUGGCGGUCGUUUGCAGGGUGUGGAGGCGGAGGUGCCCGUCACCGGCUCKCAGCUUCGGCACCAUCGUCCUGUAGGUUACGGGGAGAGCUGUUGCGGCUCUGUUGUGGUGUSGUCUUCGUGCGGUGGCAUCCGGCUGUGGGCCGAAGCUGUCGGUGGUUCCUUCGCGCGCGCCGUUGUUCGGGUAGUGUUGUUAACUUGCGAUCUCUGGGUGUGGUGUGGGCGGGUGCUGUUCGCAGCCAAUCUCUUGGGCGUGUACGGCGGGCUGUGUUGGAUUGUGCGGUACCUUGCGGUUGGAGAUGGCCUACGGAGGGAAGUUCACCUGCAAUUCAAACAGCCGGACUUCGCGGCGUCUCGGCAGCUGAUUGCACGUUCCACGAUUGUUCGACGUUCUUUUGGUAGGCUGUCCGGCGUGACGUGCCUACGUGCGUCUUGGCCAUCGCUCCUUGCGGCUGCUCGUCACACCCGCUACCUGGUUGAUCCUGCCAGUAGUCAUAUGCUUGUCUCAAAGACUAAGCCAUGCAUCUGAGUGUCAACACUUUGCACUGUGAAACUGCGAAUGGCUCAUUAAAUCAGUUAUCAUUUAUUUGGUGGUCUCCUUACCACUCGGAUAACCGUGGUAAUUCUAGAGCUAAUACGUGCAGCAUAUCCCGACUUCUGGAAGGGAUGUAUUUAUUGGAUAAAAGGCCGAUCCAGGCUUGCCCGUUGUUGCGGCGAAUCAUGGUGACKUGUCGAAUCGCAUGGCCUUUGAGCCGGCGAUGUUCCAUUCAAAUUUCUGCCSUAUCAACUUUCGAUGGUAGGAUAGAGGCCUACAAUGGUGGUAGCGGUCGACGGAGAAUUAGGGUUCGAUUCCGGAGAGGGAGCCUGAGAGAUGGCUACCACAUCCAAGGAAGGCAGCAGGCGCGUAAAUUACCCAAUCCUGACAUAGGGAGGUAGUGACAAUAAAUAACAAUACUGGAC